ACUGCCCAGUUGCCUUCCCAAAAGGCUGCACCUGUUUCCCACAGCCCCAAAAGUAUGGAUAGUCUUUUCAUUGUUUGAUUAGUAAUGUUUCCAGGGUGGUGAGCUGUGCUCAGAAAUUCAGGUGUGGGAGCAGAAGAUAAACAGGAGUGGGAGGGACAGGGAAUGUCAGAGACUGGAAGUAUUGAGCAGCAGAUGUUGGAGAGAUGGAUGAAUCAGGGAGAGGCCCCUGUCUCCAAGCAACAGGGCACACAGAUGGGGAGGGAAGUCAGAGUGUGACCGUCAUUGAGAAGAGAGGUAAACCCCAAACCCUGCAGUGGCCACCAACGUUUUCAUCUGUUGCAAGAGGCUGAUGUAGCUAGAACUACAUGUCAGAUCUGUCUACUCUCCCUGCCAAGGAAGAAAGCACACCCACAGUGGAGGGAAGACCCAGGACAAUGGCUGCUGAUCGCGAUUUGGAGAUAGAGGAUGUGACUCUGCAUUUGGAUGGAGACAUGAAAGGAGGGCUGGAAGAAGAGAAGGCAAUGCGAGAGGAUGGGGGAGGUAAAGAUCCCUUCAAGAAUAAAAAGGUCCACAGGGUUGUCUCAAAAUGGAUGCUUCCUGAAAAGGUUCGAAGAACAUACUUGGAGAGAGCUAACUGCCUCCCACCCCCUGUGUUCAUCAUCUCCAUCAGCAUUGCUGAGCUGGCAGUGUUUAUUUACUAUGCUGUGUGGAAGCCUCAGAAACAGUGGAUCACCCUGGACACAGGCAUCCUGGAGAGUCCCUUUAUCUACAGUCCUGAGAAGAGGGAGGAAGCCUGGAGGUUUAUCUCCUAUAUGCUGGUGCAUGCUGGAGUUCAGCACAUCCUGGGGAAUCUUGUUAUGCAGCUCAUGUUGGGUAUUCCCUUGGAAAUGGUCCACAAAGGCCUCCGAGUAGGGCUGGUGUACCUGGCUGGAGUGAUUGCAGGGUCCCUUGCCAGCUCCAUUUUCGACCCACUCAGAUAUCUUGUGGGUGCUUCAGGAGGAGUCUAUGCCCUGAUGGGAGGCUAUUUUAUGAAUGUUCUAGUGAAUUUUCGAGAAAUGAUCCCUGCCUUUGGAAUUGUCAGACUCCUGAUCAUCAUCCUCAUAAUUGUGUCGGAUAUGGGAUUUGCUCUCUACAGAAGGUUCUUUGUCCCUGCAAAUGGGUCACCGGUGUCUUUUGCAGCCCACAUUGCGGGUGGAUUCGCUGGAAUGUCCAUAGGUUACACUGUGUUCAGCUGCUUUGAUAAGGCACUGCUGAAGGACCCAAGAUUUUGGAUAGCAAUUGCAGCUUAUUCAGCGUGUGUCUUAUUUGCUGUGUUUUUCAACAUUUUCCUGUCCCCAGCAAACUGACCUGCCUCUAGUCUAAGCCAAAUAAUGAAAAGAGCUAUCUGGGAAAAAAAAAAAAAAAACUGAAGUCUACGAAGAGACAGAGAAGUCCUUGCAAAUGCUAACAGUUUUAUAAAGAGGUCAAAACAUGAUUCAAGUCAUCAGUUGCAAAGACUGUUUACAAAGGAAUCAGGGUUAGGGAAGGGGCUUCUGAAUGCAGAGGGAGGGAAAAGGAAGAGAGAAAAGGGGAGGGACAGAAAAAGCAGGGGUUGGCUCUUUCCAGACAUGCGGUGUGCAUUGUAUGUAUCCUCUAAAAGAGACUUGGUCUCCUUGGAGGAUAUAUUGUAGAGACUGCUUGAUAUAAUCCACAAAUACUGUACUGUGCUGAUAAUAAAAACUUUUUGUACCUGU